UUGGUUGCUAACACUCUUGGUUGCUAAAUGUAUACCACGGGACUGGGAAAAUGGUGGCAAGCGCUCGAGUACAGCGGAUCUUCCGACGCUACAAACUAGCCAUUGCCGCCGCAUUGACAAUUCUCCUCGUUCAAGGACUUGUCGUAUGGAGCCUUCGGAGUUUAGAGGAGGGCGAGGCAGAGAGGAAGCACAGACGCUCUAAGCUGCCUGAUCACAAUAGUCAGGACCCCAAGCGUGACGUUGGCGUGUGGGAGCGUCAGAAUGCGGCCCUUUCCGGCGGCAACCGCUCCGCCAGGGGGGGGCUCGAGCGGCCGGCCGUCACCAUGGCAACCAGCAGCCAGCGCCGGGGCGGCAAGAAGCGAGGAAGCCGACCCUCGGACAGCCGCAGGAAGGGGGCGGCAGGAAGUCAAUCACAGGAAGUCCCGCCUGCUGUCCCGCACGACCCAUCCAGCAGCCAACGGAACCUGAGUGAUGCGGGACGCGGAGGACGAGGAGGGGCGUUGGUGCCACCCCUGGGUCCUGGCGAGCCGGGUAGCGUGGAGGGGGCGCCGCACGCGCCCGUGAGCAGCAGCGAUGACGUGACGCCCGAGUGUGAGAUCGCCGGGAAGGACGCGCUGUCCGCUCUACAGCGCGCCUCCUCACGCCAGUGCCGCCAGGAGAUCGCCAGCGUGGUGUGCCAGCAUCAGGCAGGGAGACUCAUGCCAGGCCCGCUGCCACAGAAGUGCCCACAGCAUGUCUUGUCCAGUCCUCUCCAGCAGGCUGCAGCUGAUGUGGUGGGCGGUGACCUGUCCAAGGUGGAGAAUCCCGUGCGUGUGGCGUUCGUGCUAGUGGUCCAUGGCCGAGCUGUCCGCCAGCUCACACGCCUCAUCAAAGCCAUCUACCACCGAGACCACUUCUACUACAUCCACGUGGACAAGCGGUCCAACUACCUGCACAGGGAGGUGCUGGCGAUGGCGGCGCAGUACCCCAACGUGCGGGCGACGCCCUGGCGCAUGGUCACCAUCUGGGGCGGAGCCAGCCUGCUGACCGCCUACCUGCAGAGCAUGGCCGACCUGCUGGACAUGAGCGACUGGACCUGGGACUACUACAUCAACCUCAGCGCUACCGACUUCCCCACCAGGACUAAUGACGAGUUGGUGGCGUUCCUCUCUAAGCACAGAGACAAAAACUUUCUCAAGUCUCAUGGGCGAGAAAAUGCAAGGUUUAUUAAGAAGCAGGGUCUGGACCGGCUGUUCCAUGAGUGUGAUGACCACAUGUGGCGGCUGGGAGAGCGUGGUAUCCCAGAAGGCCUUGAGGUGUCCGGAGGCUCUGAUUGGUUUGCGCUCACACACCCCUUCGUGGAGUACGUGGUGAAGUCACAGGACGCGUUGGUGGUGGGACUCAAGAAGUUCUACACCUACGCACUGCUGCCUGCAGAGUCGUUCUUCCACACGGUGCUUGGGAACAGCCACAUGUGUGAGACGUUAGUGGACAACAACCUGCGUGUGACCAACUGGAACCGCAAGCUGGGCUGCAAGUGCCAGUACAAGCACAUAGUGGACUGGUGCGGCUGCUCGCCCAACGACUUCAAACCCGCCGACCUCGUCAGGAUUCAGCAACUGACGCGUCCAACCUUCUUUGCGCGUAAGUUUGAGUCGUCGGUCAACCAGGAGGCCAUCGACAUCCUGGACACACACCUGUACGGGCAGUACCCGCCGGGCACGCUGGCGCUCAAAGCCUACUGGGAGAGUGUGUACGAGCAGGAGGACGGCCUCAACACACACACACUCUCCGACGUGCAGCUGACCGCACACACGUCACUCACACGCCUCGGCCUGCAGAGUCUGCACGGGAAAGGGCCCGACUGCAAGUUUGAGUCCAUUGGCUUCCCCGUGUCGGUCAAUGUGUAUUUCUAUGACGACCGUUUCCAGGGUUACCUGGUGAAGCAGGAAGUGCAGACGGCCUCCGGUGGGCGGGACACUCUGGAGGUGUGGUCUGUUCCCCAGGCAACGCUGCAGCUGGAGAACAACCUGAGGGAGUUUGAGAGACUCAAACAUCUAGAGGUGGGCACGGACUGGGACCCCAAGGAGAGAAUCUUCCGGAACUUCGGCGGUCUGAUGGGUCCGCUGGACGAGCCCGUGGCGGUGCAGCGCUGGGCGCGCGGUCCGAACCUCACGGCGACCGUGGUGUGGGUGGACCCCGCCAACGUGGUGGCCGCCUCGUACGACAUCACCGUGGAGACGGAGGCGGAGUUCACGCAGUACCGGCCGCCCCUGCAGCGUCCACUCAGGCCGGGCGUGUGGCACGUGCGCGUGCUCCGCAUGUGGGAACGCGUCGCCCAGACACGCUUCCUCAUCACGCCGCUCAGCUACCACACACACAAGCCCUUCAGCACCGCGGAUGAUGGUUGGCUACACGCGGGUCCUGCAGGUCACCUGUACCUGGAGCAGAGUUUCCAGCAGCUGAGCUCCGUGCUGCGGCUGCCGUCGCUGGAGUCGGGUCUGCGUGAGGCCCAGGGGCUCGCCGCGCUGCAGGGGCGCGAGCUGGACGCCUGGGUGGACCGGGGCCUCUCCUCCUUCUGGUCCCCCGCCGGCGUGUGCUCCUCGGCGGGCUCGGCCUGCGCCGCGCUGCCCUCCUGCUCCCAGACCUCCUGGAGCUCCAUGUCCCCGGACCCCAAGGCCGAGCUCGGCCCGGUCAAGAGCAACGGACGCAUCAGGUAGCUUCCGCUGACCCCCACCUGACGGGGCCUGCUACGGAGCCAGAGACUUGAAAAAAGACGACAGAGGCCUUGACCUUUGACCUCUGAACUUUUGAACUUUACCUGGGUUGUAGGGGUUGAGUAUGGGGGUGUGGCCUAAAGGGUACGACGACUCCUACUUCCACUGAGGGGCGGAGCUUGCAUGGCUGAGUGACAGUAGCAAGGAACUAUGGAAUUUGCACAAGACUGCCUGACUCACAAGCUACUACUUUUAAGUGUGUGUCUGUGUGUGUCUGUGUGUGUCUGUGUGAGUGUGUGUGAGUGUGUGUGAGUGUGUGUGAGCGUGUGUGAGCGUGUGUGACUAUGUGUCUGUGUGAGCAUGUGUUUGUGUUUUGUCUGAUUCUUCGUUGAUUGUAUUAUUUAGUUGUUUACUGUUUUUUUUGUUUAUCAUCAGGGUUUUGCCUGUUUUCUUAAGAGUCAUUUUACUCCUAAUAGGACAGUACACACACACACACACACACACACACACACACACAGUACGUAUACACUCACACCAUGGUACAACAGCAAUACUUGUGCAGACCCUCACACACAAAUGAGCACAUAUGGGAGAGUGACCAGCGACAGACCAUUGGAGCGCUGCUGGGUGUCAUCUGGCCAAUCAGAUGCCUGAGAUCAAAGUGCUCUGUAGCAGGAGGAAGGGGUUGGGAGUUAGUCCCGCCCCCCAGCAGACAUUGGCUGGAUGUGUGAAUGGCUCCGUUUACACCCUGUUGAGCCAAAACGCAGACAUGGACACACACACACACACACACAGACAUACACGUGUACAUUUGAUCAGAGCUAUGUGUGAAUGUCUAUGACUGAGUUUACGCCCCAUUUGUCAUGGCAACCAUGCAUCACCUUGACAUCUGAUAUGUCCCGGGAGGCCAAAUCUCACUCACACACACACACACACACACACACACACACACCAACCUCAGUUUGGACAUUUGAAACACUUCUCUGUCUUUAGGAGAAAUGACACUUUGGACUCUCUGUUGUCUGACUGAAGUCCUACAGUUAUGGCAGCAAUGCUGAUUUUAGCCAGGAGUGUGUGUAGGUGAACAGAUUUUAGCCAGGAGUGUGUGUAGGUGAACAGAUUUUAGCCAGGAGUGUGUGUAGGUGAGCUGAUUUUAGCCAGGGGUGUGUGUAGGUGAACAGAUUUUAGCCAGGAGUGUGUGUAGGUGAACAGAUUUUACAGUGUCUGAAUGUUCCUGUCGCCAACCCCCCUCGCUGCAAAGCAUCCUGGGACAGACAGGAAGUGCCUGACGACUGUGAACAGGCCAAUCGCUUCCUCUUUCUGAACCUGAAGCCAGAAACGUUACAACGUGCUUCUCUUGGGGGCGGAGAUGGAAUUUUACAUUUAUUUACAAUCAUUUUACAAUUAUUUACAGUGGGAGAACUUGUUUGUUUGGAGCACGGAUCCCGGUUGUGACGUGGCGUUGCAGAACGGUGAUGUUCAUCUGUACAGCAGGGGUCCCGUGCGUUCAUAAAGACGCCAAAUCACCUCCGUCAAAUGUGUCUGUUGUGUCUUAGGUCGAACGCUAUCGGUUUACUGACUGUCUUUUAUUUUUUGUUUGUUUUUUUCCGAAUUUAUUUUGUAAGUCAACCUUAACGUGUAUAUGUGGGUAUAUGGGUAAUGGUGGUGUUUCUCCCCCGUAGGCUACGUUCGUUUUUUGCACCGUUUCAUCCACUCAAUGACAAUUUUUUAAGUGUCCUUUUUUUCUUGCACAUAUAAGCUUCAUAGAAGCCACGGUGGGAACGGUUAGGAUAGAGGCGAGCUACGAACGGGAGAAUAUCCAUAUUUUUAUAUUUAUAUUCUUGCUGAAGAAGGAAGUUUUUUUUUUCACGUCAGUCACAUCAUGACGCUGCUUUGGCGCACUAUGUGUUCUGCUGCGUUCUGCUCUGUCUGUGGAUCUGAAGGUGUGUGUGUGUGUGUGUGUGUGUGAGUGAGAGAGAGAGCAGCGAGGCUACCUUUACUGUUUUCAGAUGUUGCGUCCAACUCCACGGCCUCCCGAUUUACACAGAGCGAGUCAUGCUUGCUGUCGAGAGAAAGCAACAGGUCUAAUUGGUGGCUCAAUAAAGAUGUUAAAUUAUAA